UACACUUGUUGUACAAAGUCUACACUUGUUGUAUUCGGCGCAUGUGGCAAAUAAGAUACAACACAGACACUGACAAAGAAAGUGUUGUUAUGACAGACCUCAGGAUCAAUGAGCUCAGGGUGGACGAAGCAGACACAGAAGCCAGCAAUCACUCGAGUGAAGAAGAGAAUGAGGAUUGGAUUAAACCUCUUAUUUACCAGUCCCAGGGGGCCAAAGAGUUUGCCUACUGUCCCUACAGCAAGUUCCGGGUGGGGGCAGCCCUGUUGGCACAUGAUGGAACCGUUUUCACAGGAUGCAAUGUAGAAAAUGCAAGCUACAACCUUGGUCUCUGUGCAGAGAGAACAACUAUUGCAAAAGCUGUUUCCGAGGGAUACAGACGUUUCAAGACUAUUGCCAUUGCCAGUGACCUGGAAGACCAGUUCAUCUCACCAUGUGGAGGUUGCAGACAGUUCAUGCGAGAGUUUGGUGAUCAGUGGUCCGUGUACCUAUCCAAGCCUGAUGGGUCUUAUGUGGAAAUGACUGUAGGAGAGCUGCUUCCUGUGUCAUUUGGACCUGAAGACCUGAAGAAAAAGACCAUGUUCACUACACAGAAUGCGUCAUAAUAGUAUUCACAAGACAAGAUGAAAAACAGGAAUCAUUCAUAAGUCCAUGAAAUGUCAAUAACCCCUAGCCACAUACAUGAAUGUUAGACUUCCAAUAAGACUACUAGACCAUUUAUUAGUAUUAGAUAAUGCCAGUGGAUAUUGACUUGUGUCUCAGAAAUUAGGAAAAUGCCUCAAUGUGUUUUCUAACAAGUGUUGGAAAUACAGUAGAUUACAUCAAAUUAUAUUUGGCUACACAGCUCACUAUUACUAUUUGCAUGUGUAUGAUUGGAAGUGAUUGAAGUAUCAAUGUUAAAAAUACUUGAUAUAUUACUCAAAAAUAUUAAAGUGCUUUAGGACAAUUGAGUAAAGUUUCGAUCGUUUUUAGGCCUAUUUGCAUAAUUUGCUGACGCCGGUAAAAUUGUAAUUGUCGCACUUUCAAUUGUCUCUUUAAUUCUAAAACAGGUCAAGUAACAAAAUAACGUCCGGUGACUGUAACAAGGAUGCCUCUGUAUGUUCUAGUUUGUUUACAUAACGAUUUGUCCUUGUGGAUCUUAUGAACGACAAGGACUGAUGGAGAAAGUAUAAAACUUGCUUUAUUGGUAAAGCAUGUCUGUAAAACAUGCCAUCAGCAGAGGGGUGGAGUUGGAACGGUCAGUUUUCCAGUUAGGUUACUAACAGCAAAGUUCCAUGGUGAGUGUCUUUGUGUAGGACAACCAGUCCACACCGUUCAGCCUCAAACUUUCCUACCAGUUCGGUACCGAUAUUACCACACGUUGUUGAGUGAUACACAGAUGCAGUCCGGUGGAUUCAGGAGGUUUGGGGAGCAACGGUUUGCCAAUAAAUAAAGUGGUGCUUUUGGUC